CGCCCCUUGACGUGCAACUUCUUGAAACACGACCGAAAGAACGUCAGCACAGUUUAUGAUAAUGCCAUGAAUAGCGAGCUAUUUCCUAACUAAUAACUACGCACCGAGGGAAGACCUAGCAUUUAUCCCACAAAUGGCGACCAUCGUCUUUCGCACUGCAAACAAAACGGCUACCGCGAGACGAUGUUUGACUUCACACUUAAAAGGCCCUGCUAGGGCUGGAGAGUCGCAUAUGCCGCUAUCCUCCGCUAACAGUCCGUCACUGACUUUGCUUCCGGGAACGAGAUGGUUUUCCAGGGGUCCCAGCGUACGGUUCAUGUCCCAUGGGACCGCCGGCAGAUCCUCAGCUGGGCGAACCAGAAGGGGGGCUCUAGCGCUCGGUGGAGCCGCAGCUGUAACGGCAGCUGCGGCAAUAGCGGGGGUUUUAGCCAACGCAAACCACUUCCAGCGUGCUGAAAUGGCAACGAAAGUAAUCCAAGCCGAGAAGAAGGAAGCAGAGGAUGAUAUCUUGGAGAGAUGCCGGGGGUUAAUGUCUCCUCCGGUGACCGACAUCCAUGUGCUGCAGGAGAGGAAAGGGGAGAUGCGAACAAAGAUGGAAAUGUUGAUUAUGGAGACCCAGGCCGAAUUCUGCAAAGCCCUAGUGGAAGUGGAUGGUGGGACGUUCAGGGUCGACCAGUGGAGGAAGGAGGGAGGUGGCGGGGGAGUCAGCUGUGUGUUGCAAGAUGGAAAGGUGUUUGAGAGGGCAGGGGUCAAUGUGUCAGUGGUGUCCGGACACCUGACUGAGGAGGCCGCCAGGCAGAUGAGGAGCAGAGGGAAAAUCCUCAAAGGCAAAGAUGGUAAGCUGCCGUUUUGUGCCAUGGGUGUGAGCUCCGUUAUCCACCCCAAGAACCCCCACAUCCCCACAGUGCACUUCAACUACAGAUACUUUGAGAUCGAACAGGAGGAUGGCUCUCACCAGUGGUGGUUUGGUGGAGGCACAGACCUGACUCCAGUUUAUAUCGAUGAAGAAGACACCUUUCACUUCCACAAAACCCUGAAGGAGGCCUGCGACAAGCACAACUCGCAGUACUACGCCAAGUUCAAGAAAUGGUGUGACCAGUACUUCUACAUUAAGCACAGAGGAGAGACUCGGGGCAUAGGUGGGAUCUUUUUCGAUGACCUGGACUCCCCGAGCCAGGAGGAGGCAUUCGACUUCGUCAAGAGCUGCACCAGCACCGUGGUGCCCUGUUACCUGCCCAUCGUGUACAAACACGUCAACGACUCCUUUACUGAUGAGGAGAAGAACUGGCAGCAGUUACGAAGAGGAAGAUAUGUGGAGUUCAACCUGGUGUAUGACAGGGGAGUGAAGUUCGGCUUGGCCACGCCUGGCUCCAGAAUCGAGAGCAUUCUCAUGUCCCUCCCCCUCACUGCCAGGUGGGAGUACAUGUGUGAGCCUGCCGAAGGUACCCGAGAGGCCGAGAUGCUGGAGGUGUUACGAAACCCCAAGGAGUGGGUGUGAGUGCAGUGUUCACAGGUUUACAUGUCAGUAUGGACAGACAUCCAGGAAACCGCCGUUAUUAUAUUUUUAAAUGGUGUGACCUGUGAAAAGAUGUCUAUUGAAAUAAUGUUAAAUUGCAUUGAAGAGUUUAAUCAACGUUGGUACUUUUCUCCCUCUCCUGUUUGCUAUGUUUUAUCCAAUCAGCUUUGUUAACACUUAAUCACAUAGUGAUUGCAUUAGUACUCACAAUGAGACAUUUUGUUUUUAAACUUGAGUUUUGUGCCAUUGCUUACUGCCUGGCAGGUUAAAGGAAGCCCAAACAAUGUAACUGCAGAGAUGGUCACUGUACCAGCUUGUAGGUCAUCUCACAUUGAUCAUGUGCUCCUUUUUAAGAGUUUGUGUCAAACACUAGCUGUGUUUUUUUUUUUUCUAUGCCUGGGCUAAAUGUGGCUUGCUCUACUUUAAGCUGUCAGAGCCCUACUCUCCUCUACUCUUCUUUAAUGAACCACUGAAAGGGAAAAUAGGGACAAUCUGAGCCACUGUGUGUAUGUGUCUGCCUGCUGCAGGUGUGAAAUGUUAAUAAACCUGUUUUUGGAUGAUUCACUGUA